AACCCAAACUUGAAACUUCAGCAGCAACGAACCGAAGAGAAAGGUUGCAUUUGAAUCUUCCCGUCCCUCUUAGCUCCGCUCCGCUUAUAAAUUAUCUGUAGAAAGAGCUAAAAACAAACUCGAAUCUUCUUCUAGCAAUCGAAGAUGGCGGACGUGGUUCAGUAUAGGCUCGAGCGCAUGGUCGACGAGCUCGAUGACCUGGAGCGUAGAGGUCUCUUCACCCGCCCUGAAAUUGCAGAGAUUGUAAAGAAGAGAAGGAACUUCGAGUACCGACUGAAGCGUCCGAGCCCACUCAAGCAGGAUUACAUAGCGUAUAUCGAGUACGAGAAGCAGCUCGAUUCUCUCCGUCGCCUUCGCAAGAAGUCCGUGGUUCGGCAAUUGAAGCAGAAGGGCAAAAAGAGGUUGAGGAAGUCUGUCUCUGAUUUUGCCGGCGUGUCUAGGAUUCUGGAAAUUUACCGUCUCGCUGUGAUGAGAUUUAAAGGCGACAUCGAUCUCUGGUUUCGCUAUCUCGAGUUUUGCCGUGAACGAGGUCAUGGAAGGAUGAAGCAGGUUUUGGCUCAGGUAAUUAGGUUCCACCCAAAGGUUCCUGGACUAUGGAUCUAUGCUGCAGCUUGGGAGUUUGACCAUAACUUAAACGUUGCAGCUGCUCGUGCUCUCAUGCAUAGUGGUUUGAGAGCAUGCCCAAGUUCAGAAGAUCUUUGGGUUGAGUAUCUCCGCAUGGAGCUUACAUAUCUUAAUAAGUUGAAUGCUCGAAAGGUUGCUAUAGGAGAAGAAAAGGGUACCUUGGCUCGAGAUCAUGGAGAUGCUGCUGAAAAACAGUGGAGAGAUGAAAACAAGGAUUUGUUUAUGGCCUUUAAUGAAGAAAGAGAGAAUGCUGAUGGAUCAGAUGUCCAAAAAGUGGAGGUUGAAAAGAAAGAAGAUGUAUUUCGUGAGAAAGGAUCAAUUUUGCUUCAAACUAUCUACAGUAAGGCGAUUGAGGCUCUUCCAUCUAGUAUUAGUUUGCGAAAAAGAUUUUUAGAGAUAGUAGAUGCAACAGAUUUGCAACAUUCUGAAGAACUGAAGGAAGAGAUAACAAGCAGCAUGAAGAGAGAUUUCUCAAAUGAACCAGAAUAUUGGGACUGGCUUGCAAGGCUUAAAAUUAGUAACCCUGCAAAUGUAAGAGGCAUGAGCAAAGAAUCUAUGACCUGUCAGUUGAAUAAGGCUGUUGAGAUUUAUGAGGAAGCCUUGAAGGUUGUGGCUUCUGCAAAGAUGUUUUCCUUGUAUGCAAAAUAUUUAAUGGAUAUAAUAGCUCCUGAAAGAAAAGAUUCCCAAGAUUCAUGGUUUCCCAGUACUUCUGCUCAUGAGGUAGAAUUCAUAUCACAUCUGUUGAAGGCGUAUGAAAUAGCUGAAACAAUGGGACUCAUUACAGAGGAUAUUGGAUACCAAUACAUCUCUUUCUACCUGCAACUUGGGAGAUUAGAAGAAGCCAGGAAGUUGGCAGAAAAGCUUUGUGAUGGAACACUUUCUGGGGCAGUAAAAUUGUGGGUUCUAAGGGUUUCAAUAGAGAUGAGAUGGAUUACAAGGAAAUCUGCUGCUCCGAGUAAUGAUGACUUGCGCUGUAUCUUUGAACUCCUGAGAAAUGUUUUGACAAAAAAUUCCAUUUCAGAAGCUGAGAGCUUGUGGAUAAUGGCCCUCAAAUUUUUUUCAAAUCAAAAAGAUUAUUUUGACAAGCUGGUGCAGACUUCUCUCAAUUUACUGGCUAGAGCUGGUGAAAGUGGUAGCCAAUUUUCUCUUUCUUCUGCUAUUGUCAACUGGGUUCUUGAGAAGGAAGGUAUUCAACGAGCAAGGGAGAUGUAUAAACGAUUCCUUUCUUUACCUCAUCCAAGUCUUGCAAUCUAUAAGAACUGCAUCGAGUUGGAAACGAACCUCGCACUUGUUGGUGAUAAUGGUGGUCUUAUAAAUACUCGCAAGUUGUAUGAAUCUGCCCUUGCAACUUACAGCCAAGACUCGAGAUUAUGGCGAGAUUAUUACUCAAUGGAGAGUAAGGUUGGAACAUCAGAAACUGCCAAUGCUGUCUCUUGGCGAGCUCGAAAGACUCUCAAAGAUGCUGGCAGCUUGUUUGCUCAUGACUUGUAAUGAAUUUGCUAUUUUAUUUACCCCCAAUUUUGACAGUUUUGUUCAACCAAAGAAAAUUUUGGCAGUUGUUUGAUUUCUUAUUUA